GUGCUGAAGACAUACAGGCAAGUGAUCUCUUCAAGCAGCUCCUUGCUCUUAUGACCAGUCAUUUCAGGAUGUGAAUCUCUGAGGAAGGCAUCACCUGGUUCCUGCUAGCCAGGAUGUAUGAAAUUUUAAAAGACUGCAAAAUGUGGAUCAGCCGCUAGACAUUUAAAGAUGGAUUCCAGCAAAUGCCACAAUUGUACCAGGGUACAGAAUCUGUUCUUUGCCAGCAGCUACUCACUAAUCUUUAUAAUAGGCCUCCUGCUGAACUCUACAGCUCUGUACAUUUUUAUCUUCAGAGAUGUUGUCCGCUCCAUCACCACCGUCUACAUGAAGAAUCUAGCAAUCUGCGAUCUUUUGCUGUUGGCAUCAAUGCCUCUGAGGAUAUACUACUAUGGCUGGCAUCCCGAGCUAUCUCAAAUCACAUGUGAAGUGGCAGGCCUGCUGCUCUUGGUUAACAUGUACGGCAGCAUCUUCCUUCUGACUUGCAUCAGUGCAGACCGCUGGAUGGCUGUGUGCUUCCCACUCAGCUCCUGGUCACAGGCCAUACGCCGACAAGCCAAGUACAUCUGUGUGGGUAUAUGGACCUUGAGUAUUGUGGGAACCAUCCCCACGUACUUUGUUGGCAAGAAGACUGAGAUAAGCUCCACUCUCUGUUUUGAUGGACAUCCCGAAUAUAUCACGAAUCCUGGUAUUUCCAGUACUAUGGUGCUAUGCUAUGCCAUUACAUUGGCUGUCAUGGUAGCUUCCUCAUCUAGUCUGCUCCAUGUUUUCCACCAGAGUGUAAGUGUGGAGAUGGAGCUGAUCAAUAUAUCCAAGAUCAGAUUAAUGGUAGUAACGAAUGUGGCCAUUUUUCUGGGUUGCUUCCUGCCCUACCAUUUGACAGUACUUUGCUAUCUUGUACCAUGGUUGAAUGCAACUCAUUUAGAUCAGGCUUACAGAUACGUCCUGCUCCUGUCCUGUGUGAAUGCUGCCCUAGAUCCUCUGGUCUAUUAUUUUACCACUGAGACCUUCCGACGACAAGUAUCCCUAGAGCCCUUUCUUAGGGCCAGGGUGUCCCAAUGUGACUACGUGGAAGGAAUAAGGCUGCCUGGCCAGCCCUUGGAAGCACAACCUCCCCCUGCAUCUUGAACGAGGAAGAGGCCACUAGUGCAGGACUUUUCCACCCAAGCAUUUGCCCUUCUACAGGUAGUCUGGUAUAAUUACAUUGCUCAAAUAAGAAUUCCAGAACAACAUUCAGAUUCAACAACAGAUUGGGGAAGUUCGUUCUUUCCUUGGAAAAUUAUGGAAAAGCCCCCAGUUCAAACUGGGGAGUCCACUGGAGUUGGGUAGUCAAUGAAGUUUUAAGUAUAGCCUUUAUUGCAGUGGUGAAAUUCAAAUUUUUUUUACUACCGGUUCUG